AGGCCACAGCGCGUGGGUGGGGCGGGCCUAGCGAGGGUUGCGACCUGAGCUGUGGGCGAGCUGGGGCGAGAGCCAGACGUGCGGGGUUCGAUCCCAACGCGACAUUGGCUGCUCCUGGACACCCUCCCAUUUCUUUUCCUUUCCCCCGUCUUCUCAGUGUGAUUUUCUAGUUGCAGGGGGAUCGCCCACAAUCCCAUGGGAAUUGAACCGGCAACCUUGUUGUUGAACCGGCAACCUUGUUGAGAGCUCGCGCUCUAACCAACUGAGCCAUCCGGCCACCCACAGGAAGAUUUUUAUGGUGAAAUAAUACUGAUACAGAAUUAAUAAACUGUACUGUCACAAUUUUGUAUUUUUAAUUCAUAAAAAGCAAAGGGAAAGUAUGAUUAUAAAAGAUUAGGUGAAGUUAACAUGCAUAAUGUUGAUGUUACAGUCUUCUUUAAAAGUCAUUGAUGUUAAGCAUUGUAGCAACCAACAUAAAGUGGAAGAAAAGAUCAGUUAAAAGAUUUGGUGUGUCUAUAAAAACAAACCAGCUACUCAGAUAAUUUACAGUUAUUACUAAUACAGACAUCAAAAAGGUAUGCAUUGGGAACUAAAAAGGAAGACACAAUUUUAUAAGCAAAAACCUCCUGAAUAGGAGGUUAAUUAGGCUGUUUUUAUUCAGUGCCCACCAAAUUGCUAGUGUUACGGUACAAUACCAGAAUACAGUUUAGUAAAAGAAGUUCAGGUUCAAGCAUACAGUUCUCUAGUCCUUGGUUUUACUCCAGGGAAAGAAUUAGACUGCGUGGCAUAACAGUUCUUCAUUCACAGAUGAGUACCAGUAUUUUCUCUGAAGGUUUACAAACAAAUCAAACUACAAAAAAAUAUGCCUAGCCUUGUGCCUAGAUACUCUGAUUCAAUUUGUAUGCUUUUAGUCCGUUGUAAUUGAAUGACAAUUACUAUUACUAUAUAUACGAAUAUUAUUAUGUGCCAGCCACUGAUACAUGCUUUGAAUUUAUUAUAAACUCAUUUAAAUAGUUUAGAGGUAACUGUGUGUGGCAGAUGCUUCAUUUGCAGUUUUUACUUGUAUGCAUUUUCAUUUGUAUGUAGAUAAUUACGUACAAAUCAUAUAAUGACUCAGGUGGAUAAAACAACCUGAAAGAGUAAUUCAAACACUCAUUUCGUAGCUUUUAGUCCACUGAUUUUUUUCCUUGAUCACUAAGCAUACAGUUAUAAUUGUAGGUGUCGUGAAAGAUUUUAUAUGUUAUUAUUUGUUUAUAUUGUCUUUCAUAUUGAUUGAUAGUAGAAAUUCCUUUUGUACUGUUUAGUAAAAAUUUCUAUAAUUAGACACAUGCUGAAAAAAAGCAGUAUCUUAACCUUUGAAUAACAAGUUGACAUGAAAAGGGUCAAUUCAUUAUUUUUCUGUACUUUAAAUAUUUCAGAUAGAUAUUUUAAUAAUAGACUAAUCUAUGUGUAGCAUUUUGUGAUAUUGUAUACAGCUAUGAUUAAUUUGAAAUUUUUUUCCAUUAUAGACUCCACUUUCGCAAAGAUAGACUUUGCCUCAACAUCAACAAACUUCAUCUAAGAUUGUUUCCUGUGUGUCAUAUGUUUACAAGUCAGUGAGAAUUAAGCACAGCACGUACAAGCUGAAAAGCCAAAUAAGGAAAUGUAUUCCUUCUCUUGACAGUUGUAAUUUAACUUGGCUAAAGCCAGUUUUUAGGUUGGCUUGGUCAGAAAAGUGAAAAGAAAAUGCUCCACUUUAACCGAUGUCAGCAUCUGAAACAAAUAACCCAGAAAUGUUUUUCUGUUAUACAUGUUAAAACGGAUCAACAUGCCCAGCUAUUUCUUUCAAGAACCUUUGCACUUGCAGAAUUAAGGAAGUCGUGGCACUCAACCCACUCUCUUAUUGGAGACAAAAAUAUUAUUCUGAUGGGACCGCCUGGUGCUGGGAAAACAACAGUAGGCAGAAUAAUAGGUCAGAAACUGGGUUGUUGUGUCAUAGAUGUGGAUGAUGAUAUCCUUGAAAAAACCUGGAAUAUGAGUGUGUCUAAAAAAUUACAGGAUGUUGGUAAUGAGCAAUUUUUAGAAGAGGAAGGAAAAGCUGUGUUAAACUUCUCUGCAUCUGGAAGUGUGAUUUCCCUUACGGGGUCCAAUCCAAUGCAUGAGGCUAGCAUGUGGCAUCUGAAGAAAAAUGGAAUAAUUGUAUACCUGGAUGUACCUCUAAUAGAUAUAGUUAGUCGUCUAAAAUUAAUGAAAAUAGAUAGAAUUGUAGGUCAGAAUUCUGGAACAUCUAUGAUAGACUUACUUAAAUUUAGAAGACUGUAUUAUAAGAAGUGGUAUGAUACUCGUGUUUUUUGUGAAAGUGGGGCUUCCCCAGAGGAGGUAGCCAACAAAGUGCUUAAUGCAGUUGAAAGAUACCAAGAUGUGGACUCAGAAACAUUCAUUUCAACAAGAUACAUUUGGCCUAAAGACUGUGAACAGAAGGUUUCAACAAAAUUCUUUAGCGAAGCUGUGAUUGAAGGGUUAGCUUCUGAUGGGGGACUCUUUGUUCCUCAGAAGGAAUUUCCAAAAUUAAACUCUGGGGAGUGGAAAAGCCUUGUAGAAGCAACCUACGUAGAAAGAGCACAAAUAUUAUUGGAAAAGUGUAUACAUCCUGCUGAUAUACCUGCUGCCAGACUGGGAGAAAUGAUUGAAACUGCCUAUGGGGAAAACUUUGCCUGCUCAAAAAUUGCCCCUGUCAGGCACCUUUCAGGCAACCAGUUUAUGCUGGAGUUGUUUCAUGGACCAACAGGAUCAUUUAAAGAUUUGUCUUUACAGCUUAUGCCUCAUAUGUUUACACACUGUAUUCCACCAAGUUGCAAUUAUAUGAUACUGGUAGCGACUUCAGGAGACACAGGGAGUGCCGUCUUAAAUGGUUUUAGUCGUCUUAACAAAAAUGACAAGCAAAGAAUAGCCGUGGCCACAUUUUUUCCUGAAAAUGGAGUAAGUGAUUUUCAAAAAGCACAAAUAAUUGGUAGUCAGAAAGAAAAUGGAUGGGCAGUAGGUGUCAAGUCAGAUUUUGAUUUUUGCCAGACAGCUAUAAAAAGAAUGUUUAAAGAUUCUGAUUUUACUGGCUUUCUUACUGUGGAAUAUGGAACAGUCUUAAGUUCAGCUAAUUCCAUAAACUGGGGCCGGCUGCUUCCCCAAGUAGUUUAUCAUGCUUCUGCAUAUCUUGAUCUUGUUAGCCAAGGAUUUAUUUCUUUUGGAAGCCCAGUGGAUGUCUGCAUUCCCACAGGAAACUUUGGUAAUAUUUUAGCAGCGGUGUAUGCCAAAAUGAUGGGAAUCCCUAUUCGAAAAUUUAUUUGUGCCUCUAAUCAGAACCAUGUUUUGACUGAUUUUAUAAAAACAGGACAUUAUGAUCUAAGGGAAAGAAAAUUAGCACAGACCUUUUCACCAGCAAUAGAUAUUCUCAAAUCUUCAAACCUGGAACGACAUUUACACUUGAUGGCUAAUAAAGAUGGACAGUUAAUGACAAAAUUAUUUAACCAAUUAGAAGAGCAGCAUCACUUCCAGAUAGAAAAGAUUCUAGUUGAGAAACUUCAGCAGGAUUUUGUAGCCGACUGGUGCUCUGAGGAAGAGUGCCUUGCAGCUAUUCACUCCACCUACAAUACUUCAGGGUAUAUUUUGGAUCCACACACUGCUGUUGCAAAAGUGGUUGCAGACAGAAUGCAAGACAAAACUUGCCCAGUGAUUGUCUCAUCAACGGCUCAUUACUCAAAGUUCACACCUGCUAUCAUGCAGGCUUUAAAGAUUAAAGAAAUCAACCAAAUGUCAUCAAGUCAGCUUUAUUUACUGAGUUCAUACAAUGCAUUACCGCCACCACAUGAGGCUUUAUUAGAGAGAGCAAAACAGCAAGAGAAGAUGGAGUACCAGGUCUGUGUAGCUGAUGUGAAUGUCCUGAAGAGUCAUGUGGAAAAACUAAUACAAAAUCAAUUCAUGUAAGAGUUUUCUGAGUAAAAUGUUUUUUUUUUCUGGUAAUAAGCCUGCAAUAAUAAAUCACAAAAGUUGAUUUG